AUGAACAAUGACAAAGAUCCUUUGCAAACUCCACCAAAAAAGAAACGUAAAAGUCCAGAUGAAAAGAAAGAAAAAGUUGUUCAGAAGUUUCGUGAAGCUUGGUUGACAAUGCCAGAAUUCAAGAAUGUAUCGGUUCUAGAAGCUCAGGCAAAAACUAAAAAACAUCUUGACAAAGUGAAUUCUUCAAAGUCGACUAAAAUGACGAUGACCCAAUUUGUCCAAGGCUCAUAUGACAACGUCAAAUUGGAAACAGCAGCAAAAAAUCUUGAAAUCAAAUUGACAGGAUUUUUUGCAGAUCAUGACAUUGCAUUCAACUGCAUGAAUCAUCUCAUUGAUGCUUUGAAAGAUGGAGCUCCCGAUUCAAAAAUCAUGGCAAAAAUGAAUCUAAAGAGGACAAAGGCGACAGCCAUAGUGAGGAAUGUAAUUGGAGAAACGGAAUCUAGUGAAACUACCCAGAAAUUGCUCAAAUCAAAAUUCAGUAUAUUGACUGACGAAUCCACCGAUAUUUCCUGUGUGAAGACUAGCUGUGUAUUAGUGAGAUAUUAUGAUGAAGAACGAGGCUGUGUCGUAACGAAAUUCUGGGAUUUGGUUGAAGCUUUGGAGCCAGGCAAAAUUACAAGUGCAACUGCUGAGCAUCUUUACCAAAACAUCAUUUCAAGCUUAGAGAAAAGAGGGAUACCAAAAGAAUAUGUAAUUGGUUUCGCAUCAGAUGGAUGCAAUGUGAUGAUGGGGGCAAAAAAUUCAGUUGCUAGUCGCUUCAGACGGGAUUUCCCUAAUAUAACUAUUAUGAAAUGCAUCUGUCACUCCCUCCACUUGUGUGCUUGUCAGGCCUGUGCACAGUUAUCUCGAACAGCUGAAGAUUUAGCCUGUAACAUUUAUAAUUUUUUCAAAAGCAGUGCGAAACGACAAUGUGAAUUUGCAGAGUUUCAGGAUUUCACAGAGACAGAAAGACACCAAUUACUACAUCCUUCCCAGACUCGAUGGCUGUCAUUAACGUUCGUAGUUGAGAGAAUUCUUGAACAGUGGUCUGCCCUUCAGUUAGAUUUCAAUGAAAAAUGGUUAGAACUGAAAUUAGUUGCAGCAGAAUCGAUCCAUAAUUCUCUGAAUGACCCAUCCGUGAAAUUACCUUUCUUAUUCUUAAAACGGGCACUUCCAAAAUUCACAGAUGCUAACAAAUAUUUUCAAUCGAGCAAAGUGGUCAUUGUUGAUCUUCAUGAUGCGAUGGUAGAGUUGUACAAACAUUUCCUCCAUGCGUACAUGAACAGGAGCUACCUCAAUAGGACCCCAUUAUCAGAAAUAGAUCCAGCGAAUGAAGAUCAAUUCUUGCCGAAGCAUCAAAUGUAUUUGCGAAGUUACGUGAUGAAGGAGCUCCAAACAUCCAUUGUAGUUUCACGCCAGGACUAUUUCCAUGAGACUUGUCAAAAUGUCUUAAUUCAGGCAUGUAUGGAGAUUAGAAAGAGAUAUGAUUUCUUGAACCCAAUUAUGGAGAAGCUGAAAAUAUUCAAACCAAAGAAUGCAUUGUCCCACCUGGAGCUAGAAAGAACUCCAACUCUGAUUCCAAUUCUAUCCCUUCUACCCAGUUUCCCCGGAGGAACAAUACCAAGUCGUUGA